AUAAGUUUAACCAUGUAUCGUUUAUUUGCUACCGUUUUACUUCUCAUCGAAUUUGAGAUCAGUCAACAAAAAUCCAGUAAGUGUACCGGAAGAAAAUGCCGAAACAAAGUUGAAGAACUCGCAGAACAACCGGUGCCCGAAUGGAUUGCUAACUGCUCCUACGAGUCAAAAAGAAAGCCUCAAGAUCAGACGGAAACAGUAGGAAAGAAAGACUACUCAACAAACUAUAAAACAUCCAAAUGCAGGGUUAAAAAGUCAAAGUCAAAAGACGGCGGAACUUUAAUCGAGUGUCAGCGGAGAAAGAAGAAAGCAAGUUUACUAAAAUGCAAAGCAGUGGGAAGAGUUGAUAAGUUCUACUACAAAAGGCUUGUUGAUACAAAGUUGGUCAACAAGACUAACUUUUUAAAAUACAACAGAAGAUCUUACUACACAGAAACAAACUUUACAGGUAAACAAUGAAGAUUUUGAAUGUUAGUUUUUAAUCCACGCUAUACCCCCCUCCCUUGUCACUUAUAAAUUUCACUAUUGACAUUUUCAGUCACAGUCACUUAGUAAUAUAUGAAAACAUUUCCUGAUCAUCUUAAUUCCUGUUGAGACAUCUCCCUGAUCUUAACUCCCCAACUACUUGAUAACUCCAGGGUAAUUGAGUCCCUUAUUAACUCCAGAUAUACUGGGGCCGCUCUAAACUUUAUUUUAUUUUUAUUUUUACCGAACAUUGUCCGUGAGUAGGCCUUUACGAGUUCAGGAUCUGUCUAGUCGUUAUUAUUGGGUAGACUAUGUGUAUCUUAGUUUAUAAAUUGGCCCCCCGAUCAGACUAUGAUGUUAUCUAUAGGUAUUACUUUAAAUGAAACAGUGAUGUAUAGUGCUACAAUAUGUUGUAUUUUAGAAGAUAUUGAUCUCCGCGGGAGAGGUCUAUCGAUAAAUAGUGGCGGAGAAUCUUAAAGUUGUGAUCCCUGAUCGCUGGUUCAUCCAUUCCAUUUAUCUCCCAUCCAUAAUCAAUGAACUCUUGGUUUUGGCAAACGAUAUACUUUUUUAGAUAAAAUGAAAAGUUGUUGGCAAUGUGACCUACGAAUACCAUUAAACAAUACAAGAAGUAUCGGUGAACUGUUACGAGGGGCGGAGGGGUGUUCAGAAAAACAAAUGAAGGAUAUUUACAGCUACUGCAGGUUUUUAUGGAAAUGAUCUAUCAUUGACAAUAUCAUAUCCUGGAAAUAAAUCAACGUUACGAUAAAUCUGUCGAUAAUAAUUGACUAUUAAUUAGACUAAUGAAUUGAAUGACUAAUUAAUCCUCAGUGCAAGAGUUGUGCAGAAUCCUGAAUGGGGUUUCUACAAACUUUAUGCUAAAUUGCAGAAUAUUAAAACCGACGAUUACUCGAAUUCUCCGAUUGAAACUCGGUUGGACAAUUUUUAUAGAUUCAAUAGAACGAAGAGAGAACCAUCAACCCAGUACUACUAUUGUAACGCACACAACUGCAACGAAAGAUUAAUAGUGGAGAACUUCUCCAAUAUUAAUCUCCAGGAGAAGUUCCAUAAUUCCUCCAGUCGUGAGUAUAUUCUCAUAUUAUAACAAUUGUCAGCUAAUUUAAGUAGUUCUUCUAACGAAAUACCGUAUUAUAUUUGGGCAAUGAUUCAUCAUUCAUUGGAGGGUAAAAUGUGUUUAAAAAAUUAUGAUUGGUUUAAAUCAUAAACGCACAAUUGACCAAACACAAAUAGAUCAAUGUCUUUGUCAAAUUAAAUUGAACGCCGUGGCCUUAUAAGUUAUAAAUCAUAACCACUAAGGUUUAACUGAUCUUCAAAUAAUAAUAACGGCAAUGUUCUAAUUUAUCAAGUUAACAUGGCGGCAGCCUCCAUAACGAAAGUUUUUAUGACGACAGCUUCAUUGACGACAGUUUCGUUGAUGACAGUUUCGUCAUCAGUGCCCAUACUGAGUCAUGAUCCUGUUCAAGUUGCGAGGCUGGGAGUCAGAGUUCUGGUUCUUAUCACCAUGGGGACAGUAUGUGUUACUUCUAUCCUGGUGCUCAGUUACUUUGUCUUCAGAACUCGGAGACGACGGAAGGUAGCAAGUUAUAAACAAGUAGACGGAGAUAUAGAAGUCGGGGAGUCAGAGCACAGCUCUCCUGAGGAUGACACUGCUAACUUUCAAGAUGAGAUCUUCAUCAAGAAUGGGCGAUUUUGUAAAAUUACUCUCGUUAAAACUAGAGGUGGUAAGAUGCUGGUGAAGAAGCAACACGUGCAAAGUCGUAACUUUGAGAACGAGAAGACAGUAUUUGAGCUGUUCAAAGGACACCAUCCCUCGAUAGUUUUCUGUUACGAUAUCUUGACUAGCAAAAAGACGUUGCUGAUGGGUUACUACGAGAAAGGAAACUUGAGAGAUUAUCUUUCCAGCGUGUCUUUAUCAUGUUCACAACUUAUCAAUCUAGUGCGGGACGUAUUCACUGCUGUUUCCUACAUUCACGGUUUUGACAUUCUACAGAAUUCACCUUCAAAUAUCAGUUUGGCGCACAGAGACAUCAAGACAGCUAACUUCCUAGUGCAGGACGAUGGCAGAUGUGUGCUCUCUGACUUUGACCUGUCCAUAAACCUAGAUACAUUAGAAGAGGACUGCUCCUUGCGGCAGGUGGGAACAAUGCUGUACAUGUCCCCUGAGCUACUGGACUGUACUAUGCUGUUAUCUGCUGCAGGACUAGUGGAUUGUGAUCUCUACAGUUUAGGAGCUGUGCUGUGGGAGAUUGGAAACCUUUAUUGUCAAGUUGCAGUUGGAGCACCAGCGGCAGGCUACGUCCACGUGUACCAACCACAGCUCCCAGCCAUGUACACGUACACUAACAUUGUGAACCUUGUGGUUAUAGACCAGUUCCGACCUGAUCUCAAGAAACUAGAGCUCGACACUGUUGAGAGCGAGGAUCAGACGAUAAUAGAGCGACUAGACGAAUGUAUCAGCGACAUGAUGGACACAGAUUGUGAGAGUAGGAUAUCCGCACACUGUGCCUUUAACCGAAUAUUCGGGAUCACCAGACAAACACCAACACAACUCUUUGAUACGUGAAGUUACUAGGUCUCACGUGAUGUUGCUAGAUAACACGUGAUGUUGCUAGGUAACACGUGAUGUUGCUAAGUAACACUUGAUGUUGCUAGGUAACACGUAAUGUUGCUAGGUAACACGUGAUGUUGCUAGAUAAUACGUGAUGUUGCUACAUAACACGUGAUGUUGCUAGGUUACACGUGAUGUUGCUAAGUAACACGUGAUGUUGCUAGGUAACAAGUGAUGUUGCUAGGUAACACGUGAUGUUGCUACAUAACACGUGAUGUUGCUAGGUAACACGUGAUGUUGCUAGGUAACACAUGUUGCUAUUCACCUGAUCCGGAAAUGGCAUGCUAUUAGCGAUCAAAGUGCUGCUGAGAAAAGUGAACAGCUGAGCGUUACAAGAAAUAGAACUGGUAAUGUGAUGUACGGAGCUUAGAAGUACUGGACUCUAAAAACGAACUAUCGAACCGAGGAAGCGAUUUUGAACGAGAAGACUCGUUUGUGUCAGAAGGGAUAACAGAGAUAUAUCUAAUCUUUUUUAAUUUUUUAAUUUUUUUAUCAAUUUUAUAUUUAUUACAAAUUUGAACAAUAUUGAUUUCUUUUCCUUUCAGUUUGGAGAAGUAAAUUAUUAACUUAUUGAUAUUUUAACUUUAUCAUUAAUUACUCCAUUUUAUUA